AUGUCCAACCUAAAUGAGAAAGCGUUGCUCGCUAGUUAUCGAGUAGCUUUUCGUGUGGCUAAAGCAGAAAAACCUCACAGUAUUGCCGAAAAUUUGAUUUUACCAGCGGCUUUAGAUAUAGCAGAGAUUAUGUUUGGUAAACAAGAGGUCGAAAAGCUCAAAAGUAUACCUCUCUCUGACAAUACCAUUCAACGCAGGAUAAGCAAUAUGGCGACUGACGUUCAUGAUCAAGUCAUAGAAAAAAUAAAGAAAAGUACUUUUGUGUCCAUACAAUUUGAUGAAUCAACGGAUAUUGCGGGUUGUGCGCAGUUUGUAGCUUUUGUGCGUUUUGAAUCCAAUGAAAUAUUAAUGGAAGAAAUACUAUUUUGCAAGGCACUUCCCAAAAAUGCUACAGUUGUUUUCAGUCGCCACACCUGUCCUCAUAAUCCCGAUGAGUACAACGAUCAUCUCCACCUCGAGGGUCCGUUUAUCGGUCAGCCCAAAGAUGAAUAUAACGCAACGAAAGGUGAAAGGGCUCCUAUUAAAAUUCCAAAGGAUAACUUAAAACCUGAAGGAGAUUUUGUUAAAAGACAACCAGAGGAAUGGAAACCCGGUGAUAGAGCACCGGUUAAGAAACCCGAGGAUAACUUAAAGCCUGAAGGUCCUUUCGAAGGGCGUACACCUGAAAAAUGGCAACCAGCUGAACGCGCCGUGCCUAAAAGACCUCAGGAUAAUCUUAAACCUGAAGGGGAUUUCGAUAAACGUCGUCCCGAGGAAUGGCGACCAGGAGAUAGAGCUCCAGUCAAAAAACCUCAAGAUAAUUUGAAGCCAGAAGGACCUUUCGAAGGUCGAACUCCGGAAAAGUGGCAACCAGCUGAACGCCCUGCUCCUAUAAAGCCACAAGAUAAUCUCAAACCCGAGGGUGAUUUUGAUAAACGUCGCCCAGAAGAAUGGCAACCCGGAGAUAGAGCGCCAGUUAAGAAACCGCAAGAUAAUUUGAAACCCGAGGGUCCUUUUGAGGGGCGUACUCCUGAAAAAUGGCAACCAGCUGAACGUCCAGUUCCUAAAAGACCUCAAGAUAAUCUCAAACCAGAAGGAGAUUUUGAUAAACGCCGUCCUGAUGAGUGGCAACCUGGAGAUAGAGCUCCAGUUAAGAAACCACAAGAUAAUUUGAAACCUGAGGGUCCUUUUGAGGGGCGUACUCCUGAAAAAUGGCAACCAGCUGAACGUCCAGUUCCUAAAAAACCACAAGAUAAUUUAAAACCCGAAGGAGAAUUCGAUAAACGUCGCCCAGAAGAAUGGCAACCAGGAGAUAGAGCUCCAGUUAAGAAACCGCAAGAUAAUUUGAAACCUGAGGGUCCUUUUGAGGGGCGUACUCCUGAAAAAUGGCAACCAGCCGAACGUCCAGUUCCAAUAAAACCACAAGAUAAUUUAAAACCCGAAGGAGAAUUCGAUAAACGUCGCCCAGAAGAAUGGCAACCUGGAGAUAGAGCUCCAGUUAAGAAACCACAAGAUAAUCUAAAACCGGAGGGUCCUUUUGAGGGGCGUACUCCUGAAAAAUGGCAACCAGCUGAACGUCCAGUUCCCAAAAAACCACAAGAUAAUCUCAAACCUGAAGGAGAAUUUUAUAAACGCCAUCCUGAAGAUUGGCAACCAGGAGAUAGAGCUCCAGUUAAGAAACCACAAGAUAAUCUGAAGCCAGAAGGUCCAUUCGAAGGACGUACACCUGAAAAAUGGCAACCGGCUGAACGACCAAUUCAAAAAAGGCCUCAAGACAACUUAAAACCCGAAGGUGAUUUUACUGGGACAAGAACGAUAAUUGAAGAUUACUCCGUUACAAGAGGUGAAAGAGCUGACAUCACCAGACAUGAAGACAACAUUACAGUUGGUGGAAUAUUUAUCGGUGAAACUACAACACGUGUUGACUUCACGGGUGAGUUAGUUCCAAGGCCGAGCCCAUUCAGACGCAAUACAUACACAAAAAUCGAAGGUGACUUCACGGACGUCACAACGAAUAAAACUGAAUUCGUCGAUUACACUAAUGUAGUGGAUAGAACAACAGUCCAGCGAAGAAGAGAUAAUCUUACCGUUGAAGGUGACAUGACCUUUGAUACCUCAACGACUGUAGAGUUUACUGAGAAAAAUGUACCCAUUGAAAAACGGAGGCGCCGCACUUGGACGAAAGAUGACGUUGAAAAGUUUUAUUCUACUCAUGACACCGUAACCUCAACAACUACCCAAGAAGUUUACAAAACUUUCGAUAACAAAGACGUUCGGCAAACCGUGGUAAUUCACCGCGAUAAUUUAAAACCAGAAGGUCCUUUUGAAGGAACCCCAAAAUCUAAGGAAGAUUAUGUGCCGAAACUUACAGAGAGACCUAAACCUACUAAACCAAGAGAUAAUCUCAAACCAGAAGGAGAUUUCGAAAAAAGGACUCCAGAAAAGAUACAACCAGGUGAACGUAGAUCUCCUAUAAAACAUGGAGAUAAUCUUAAACCCGAAGGUGAUUUUGAACGACCUGAAAAACAGAAAUUCCAACCAGCUGAAAGGCCUAAACAAAAGAAACCCGAAGAUAAUCUUCGUCCCGAAGGUGACUUUGAAGUACCCGAAAAACCAGGGUUUGUUCCUGCAGAAAGACCAAAACAGAAACGACCUGAAGAUAAUUUACGCCCAGAAGGUGACUUCGAGAGGCCUUCACCAACUACCGUUGGCCCCGCUGAACGAAGAACUCCAAUUAAACAUGGGGAUAACCUUAAGCCAGAGGGUGAUUUUGAAAGGCCGGAGAAGCAAAGGUAUCAACCAGCUGAAAGGCCAAAACAAAAAAGACCUGAAGAUAAUCUUCGCCCAGAAGGUGAUUUCGAAAGACCAUCACCAUCUAAAGUUGGGCCAGCUGAACGAAGAACCCCAAUUAAACAUGGGGAUAACCUUAAACCUGAAGGCGAUUUUGAAAGGCCAGAGAAGCAAAGGUAUCAACCAGCUGAAAGGCCAAAGCAAAAAAGACCUGAAGAUAAUUUACGUCCCGAAGGAGAUUUUGAAGUUCCAGAAAAACCAGGGUUUGUUCCUGCAGAGAGACCAAAACAGAAACGACCUGAAGAUAAUUUACGGCCAGAAGGUGAUUUCGAAAGACCUUCACCAUCUACAGUUGGCCCCGCUGAGCGAAGAUCACCAAUCAAGCAUGGUGAUAACCUGAAACCAGAAGGUGACUUUGAAAGACCGGAGAAACCAGGAUAUCAACCAGCGGAACGACCAAAACAAAAGAGGCCAGAGGAUAAUCUUCGUCCAGAAGGAGUCUUUGAAGUCCCUGAUAAACCAGGUUUUGUCCCUGCAGAAAGACCAAAACAAAAGAGACCGGAAGAUAAUCUUCGCCCAGAAGGUGAUUUCGAAAGACCUUCACCAUCUACAGUUGGCCCCGCUGAGCGAAGAUCACCAAUCAAGCAUGGUGAUAACCUGAAACCAGAAGGUGACUUUGAAAGACCGGAGAAACCAGGAUAUCAACCAGCGGAACGACCAAAACAAAAGAGGCCUGAGGAUAAUCUUCGUCCAGAAGGAGUCUUUGAAGUCCCUGAUAAACCAGGUUUUGUCCCUGCAGAAAGACCAAAACAAAAGAGACCGGAAGAUAAUCUUCGCCCAGAAGGUGAUUUCGAAAGACCAUCACCAUCUAAAGUUGGGCCAGCGGAACGAAGAACACCAAUUAAACAUGGUGAUAACCUGAAACCAGAAGGUGAUUUUGAAAGACCGGAGAAACCAGGAUACCAACCAGCUGAAAGGCCAAAACAAAAAAGACCUGAAGAUAAUCUUCGCCCAGAAGGUGAUUUCGAAAGACCUUCACCAUCUAAAGUUGGGCCAGCGGAACGAAGAACACCAAUUAAACAUGGUGAUAACCUGAAACCAGAAGGUGAUUUUGAAAGACCGGAGAAACCAGGAUACCAACCAGCUGAAAGGCCAAAACAAAAAAGACCUGAAGAUAAUCUUCGCCCAGAAGGUGAUUUCGAAAGACCUUCACCAUCUAAAGUUGGGCCAGCUGAGCGAAGAACACCAAUUAAACAUGGAGAUAAUCUUAAGCCAGAGGGCGAUUUUGAACGGCCCGAAAAACCAAGAUAUCAACCAGCUGAACGGCCAAAGCAAAAAAGGCCUGAAGAUAAUCUUCGUCCAGAAGGAGAUUUUGAGGUCCCUGAUAAACCAGGUUUCAUCCCUGCCGAGAGACCCAGACAAAGGAGACCUGAAGAUAAUUUACAUCCCGAAGGUGACUUUGAAAGACCAUCGCCAACAAAAGUUGGGCCAGCUGAACGUAGAUCACCCAUCAAACACGGUGAUAAUCUUAAACCGGAAGGCGACUUUGAAAGACCCGAAAAAACAAAGUAUCAACCAGCAGAAAGACCAAAACAAAAGAGACCUGAGGAUAACCUUCAUCCGGAAGGCGAUUUUGAAAUUCCGGAUAGACCAGGAUUUACUCCAGCGGAAAGGCCAAAACAAAAGAGACCCCAAGACAAUCUUCGUCCUGAAGGUGAUUUCGAAAGGCCAUCACCAACAAAAGUUGGUCCUGCUGAAAGAAGAUCUCCAGUAAAACACGACGAUAACUUGAAACCUGAGGGAACGAUGGAGAUACGUCGCAAAGACGAUUAUAACAUUGUAAAGGGAGAACGUGUAGAUGUUGUUAGACGAGAAGACAACUUAAGAAUGGAAGGAGAGUGGGAUAUCAGAAGAAGAGAUGAUUACACCAAGAAAACUGUAGUUGAUAAAGUAGAAGUGGUUAGACGUGAAGAUAAUUUGAAAAUAGAAGGAGAAUUUACUGAUGUAAGAUCAAGAGAUGAUUUUAAAGUUGUUCGUGGAGACCGAUAUGAAGUUAAAAAGCCAAAAGAUAAUUUGAAACCUGAAGGGGACUUCACCGAUAAUAGAACACGAGAUGAGUAUCAAGUCGUCAAAGGAGAUAGAGCUCAAAUUAUAGUUCGAGAGGAUAAUUUAAAAAUGGAAGGGGAAUUUAAUGAGUACCGGAAACGCGAUGAAUACAUUACGAGACGUACUGAAAAAACUGAAGUUGUGAAACAUGUUGAUAAUCUAAAGUUAGAAGGCGAUUUCGAACGACCAAUUCCAACGCAUAUUGGCCCCGGCGAAAGAAGAACUCCUAUUAAACAUGAAGACAAUCUUAAACCAGAAGGAGAUUUUGAAAGACCAGAGAAACCCAAGUUCCAACCGACUGAAAGACCGAAACAAAAGAAACCGGAAGAUAAUCUGCGUCCUGAAGGUGAUUUUGAGAGACCUUCCCCAUCAAAAAUUGGUCCCGGUGAACGUCGUACUCCAAUUAGACACGGAGAUAAUUUGAGACCUGAGGGCGAUUUUGAUAGACCAGAGAAACAGAGAUAUCAACCAGGGGAAAGACCUAAACAAAAGAAGCCACAAGAUAAUUUGAAACCAGAAGGAGAAUUUGAAACACCUAAAAAACAUGCACCAUACGGUCCUGGAGAACGAGCUGAAAUUGUUAAACACCCUGAUAACUUAAAACCCGAAGGGGAGUUUAUUGGUACACCUAAAAGUAAAGAUGAUUAUAAACCUACAAUGGGUGAUAGGGCUCCAGUUAGGAAACCCAUUGAUAAUCUAAAGGUUACUGGAGAGUUCCAAGAUAAAACUAGUACGAGAAGUGAAUACACAGUUGUUAAAGGAGAAAGAGCUAUCGUUAAGAAACACGAAGAUUCUUUGAAAAUUGGUGAAGGAACCAUGGAAUGUGUUACCACAACUAAACAAACCUUUGAAAAAAGUCCUGAAAAGGGCUCACCAGUUACUAGUCCAGCUGGAAAAACAAUAGUGAAUAAACGUAGACACAUGGAAUCUAGCAUUGCUUUAGGCAGCGACCAAUCAACAAUGCAAACAACAAACCAAGUUAAUUACAACACUUAUACAAGAAGAUCUGAAAAGAAACACGUCGACGUUGUUGAUACUAAUAUUACUAAAUCAGAAAACAUUAAAUCCAUGAAAACUAUAAAAAGUGAAAUGAAAACAGACAAAAUGUCUAAAACUGACGUGGCUUCUGAUACAAAAACCCUCGGUGAUGGUACCAUUGUCAAAGUUACCAAACAAAUUACCACAACUACAGCUGGUCCUCAUAUCCAUAAAUCUUCCUCGCAAUCAAGAAUACAUCAAGAAAACAUCAUUAGAAAUAUGCAUCAAGAAACAAAUAACAUUCAACACUCUUCCAGUCAUACUCAAGUCAACAAGAACAUUGUGCAAUCUGAAGGUCACCAUAGAAAGAGUAUUUUAACAUCGUCAGCGGAUGUUAAUAAUCAAAUACUUCACCGAAAAGGUACUCACACUUCUUCAGAAGCUUUACACGCUACAAGUAGUUCAGCUUUAGAUUUGAGAAAAUCAAUUUGUCACAUUCAUGACCAACAGCUUUCAACAACUUCAGAUAGAAAGAGUUUAAGUUCGAUGCAUCGGGAGGCUCAAGAAAACGUUAGUAGAAGAGGUCAAAAUUGGUCUUCAAAUUCGUACCAAGUUAUAGAACGUCCUCAAAAGAUAAUCAGAAGAGAUAAUUUAACGGUUGGUGGUAACUUUUAUGGUCAAUCAGAAGCUAAAUCAUACGGAAACUUUAGUAAACAACAAAAUAUCGAAAAAAUCGAACGUGUUACAAGAAGGUCAAAUACGUCUCAUAUAACGCUUGGGGAUAGUAACGUAACGACUGUUACUUCUUAUAAAAAAGAAUAUUCUCCAAGAAAUAUUGGUCCGUGUCCAGCUGCUUUGGUUGAAACUCCGAAAGGGCCGUUUAAACACACAAGAGAUACAAAAUCUCAUAAAUUUUAUUUGCCAGUCGUUACAAACUAAAAAAAUCAUUAAAUAAACGAGUAAUAAAAUCAAAAGAAAUAAAAAGUCGCUGUGAGCCGUUCUUGAAUAACAUUUUUUUAACAUGUGAUAUUUAUUACUUCUUGUUUUUACGGCAGUUACAUAACGAAAUUAAUCUCCAUUUGAAAUUAAAACUUUUUAUAACUGGUAACUUACUUUCUAUAUUAUCUAUUUUAUUGCUUGGG